AUGUCUCGCCGACCUCCCAAGGGCGAGUACAUCGAGACCGACACAGGUAACAAAGUCGCCCGUAAAGCCGUCCUCGUCGGAACCCAAAACAUCAUGCUCGGCGGCAAAACCGUCAUCCAACCCGAAGUCAUGAUCCGCGGCGACCUCGCCCGUACCGUAACCGCAUCUUCCUCUGGCAGCGCCCCAGCCAACAACACUGCUGUCGCCAUAGGUCGAUACUGUUUCCUCGCAAGGGGUGUCCUGCUGCGUCCACCGGGCCGCAUGUACAAGGGCGCCUUCACAUACAUGCCGCUGCGCAUAGGAGACCACGUAUUUGUUGGCCAGGGAACUGUCGUCCAGGCUGCGGCAGUUGGAAACCAUGUGCAGAUCGGAAGGGACUGCACCAUUGGCGAGUUUGCCAUUCUCAAGGACUACGUUCAGGUUCUCGACGGGUCAGUCGUGCCGCCCAAUAUGGUCAUUCCCAGCUUUUCCAUCGUUGCGGGUCAGCCUGCCAAGGUCAUUGGGGAGAUUCCUGAGGGAGGACAUGAGGAGUUUGAGUUGAGGGACAUGUACAAGACUGUUGGAAACAAUCCUCAACCUCCAGCGUCUUGA